UUUUGCUUAACAUGCUGCCCGAUCAAGAUUAUAAGGAGCAUCUUACUCGUACUUUCGUGAUGCACUAUAGCCGCAUACCGUCCGUAUUGGAAAUGUCACGCGAUCCAGAUACACUUAGCAACCGAGUUGUGCACAUGAGCGUCCAACUGUUUUCCAAUGAAAGCUUAGCUUUGAAGAUGGUUAAAGAACUGUCCUUACUGCAUGUAAUGAUAAUCAGUCUUAAGCUAAUGAUGUCAAAGAUACUCAUACAAAAUACAUUGCAUGACCCGAACAAGAAUUUCCAUUUCGUAAUUGAUUGUACACGCCAAGUGAUGAAGGAUCAUUGCUACUGGCCUUUAGUGUCUGACUUUAACAAUGUACUCUCACAUGAAUCAGUGGCCCUAGUAUUUUUGCGUGAUGACAAUUUGAUCGAUAUGUGGUUUCAGUUUCUUUCAAUGCUGCAAGGCAUGAAUGUAAAUGUGCGAGAGACAACGUCCCAUGUGGAGUUCGAACCUAAUUCUUAUUACGCCGCCUUUUCGUGUGAGUUGGAGGCAAGCGCUUAUCCCAUGUGGUCCAUAAUAUCACAUCUACAGGACGGCACUCAUGCUCAUUUAGCCAAGAAGAUAAUUACGUAUUGCGUUAAUACUCUGCAUGAAUGGUUGGAUGCCAUUUACUUUUUGGAACCAAAACUAUCGCCGGACGAAAUGAUGCAGGCUUCCUUUCAUUUUCCACUUCAUCGUUACUUGGCAGCAUUUCUGUGUCAAGCUGUUACCAAAAUGGGAAUGUCUCUGUCGGAAGUGCUGCCCACAAGGUCGUACAUAUUGCCACUCUUAAUGAUACAUCCUCUGAGAGUGCAGAGCUUCUUUUAUGAGAUAUUGGCGGGGAAAUGGGUUCGCAAUGGCUUACAAAUCAAAGGUCAAGCUAUGACUUAUAUACAGGCGAACUUCUGCAAUUCUAUGGCCGACAUGGACCUCUUUUUUCUGCAAAUCUGUGCUACAAACUUGCCACAGUACUUCUUUUUGCAGAACACAAUCGAACUGUUUGGUGUGGGUCAGUGGCUAGAGUUGGCACCACUGAAGCAGCCCCAAAAGAUGGAGCAGUGCUCGAUGUUAGAGGGAUUCCUAACAUUCCUGGCAACGCUUGUUACCAGUCGUACCAAUCUCGGCAACGACGAGGCUACACAAUGUAUAAUUGAGAUCAGCGCUUUACUGGCUACUGAAAAUAAAACACACUCACAACUGUUAGAAUUAAUGCCUGAGAGAUCGGGUAAUGUACAUACGAAAAACUUCGAAAACUUCCUUAAGAAGUUGUCUGUAUAUAAAGCGCCUUCCUCCGGCUCGGAAAACUUGGAACAAGGUCUUUUCACGCCUAUAGAUGAUGUGUGGGAGGAAUAUUAUGACCCUUUGCAUGUGCUACUACGUGCCGUACAUCGGAGGGAUUUUCAAUCUUCCCUCGAUCGGUUUACAAAUUACGUCAAGAGUAAGAAUAAGAUGCCGACGAGCGGUAACUUAUGGCCACCGUUUCGCAUGCCACGUCCUGUAGGCGCUGCUUUCAGCGAUCCAUGUCGCAUUUUGAACUCUCGGGUUUUUCAUUCUACCAUACUUUCUAUUUUGUUUCGGGCGGUGCACUCACGCGAUGUAUCCGAGCAUCUGUUAGCUCUGGCAAUUUUUCUCUUGGAGGUCGCUGUCGAAAAGAGUGAGGACACAAAUGGCGCCAGCAAUGAUAAGGCUGCUGUAGUGGAAUGUGAACCGAAAGGUAAACCCGGAUAUCCAUUUGCAAUGAGGCGGGAUCCGCCCAAACUUUUCCAUUGUUAUCCGACGGAUAAUCUAAGCUGCAAUUUGCGAUAUGUCGUUACGAAACUUUCCUUAAAGUCACACGAGCCGCAGGUUUCGCCAGCGAACUAUCGUUCGAGUCAAUUUUACGGUGAUUUGGAUUAUGAUGUGGAAACAGAGACGACGGCUGCAUUGCCUAUGAUCGGUGGCAGUGAUGAUGACUUAGACGACGAUUCGAUGAGUGUGAGUGUGGCGGGCGCAACUUCGACAGCAAUGGUGCGCAUGCAGAAUAUGGAAGUGGCUUUGCCACCGGAUCUCUCUGUGGUGCCCGAACAAGGAUUGGUCAUUAGACAAGAUAGUCAAGAAGACGAUACGCUGCGAGACGACGAUGAUGCUAUUGAGGGUGCCGCACCGUCAGUUGGAUUUCGUUUCUCGCUGCAACCUAUCACAUUGCCCGAAAGUGGAAUGGAAGUGGCUAUCCGCAGAGAAUUACAGUUACUGGCUGGUGGUAGUGUAGCGACUGGUGGGAGUGUGGGCGCUAGUGGUACAUCGGGCGGAGGCUUAAGGAGGGCUACGGAAGCUCAACAACAUCCGCAACAGCAAAAUGAAAUGUUUUCACCAACCAGCAAUAAUAGCAACAGCAUGCUGUUGCCAUUUCAGCGGGUGCAACCUGUGGCUGUGCCGGUCGGUAGUAGAAGCAUAGUGCCCACAACAACAAUGCGAGGAGUUUUAGGACGACGCACCUUCGAUUCGAGUACUCGAAAACGGACUACACAGUUAGUAGACAAUGCAAUUGGGGGACAAAACAAGGACGAAGUUCUCAUAGAGGAAAGUAUACUUUCGUUGCUUUUAAAGCUACAUUCUCAACUUAGCGGUACAUUGGAUAGCUUCUCAUUGAGUGAUGUUGAAGAUGAGGAGGAAGAAGAAGAAGAAGAUUCUACAGAAGGGACACACAUUGAAGAGAGCGACGCGGAAAAUAAGCACAAUAAAAGUGCGACAUGUGAAUUGGGAAAGUCCGCAGCAGCAUCAUCAACAAGUACAUCAGGCAAUGCAAGCGUAUUGAAGGUAGACGAAUGGAGUCAGAAAGCGGGUAACGCUUCGAAUUCUCCUACUGCCAUGGAUAUAGACUGUUCGGAGGCAAGCACUUCGGCCGCAGCUUCCAACUUGAGUUUUGAUUCUAGUCAACGCGAACAACCGUACAGCAGCACAAUAAGAAAGCGAAAUCGUAAUUAUAAAAAAAUACGAGUAUCCGAUUCUCGAAUUGGGGAUGGUCCAUAUUUUAUUGGUAAUCUUAUACGUAAAAUAGCUAAGCGUGAUGAGUUGUGUGCACAAAGCAUUGAUGAGAUACGUUCGCGCCUUUGGCCGAACCAACGAGAAAAGCAAGCGGAGCAAAGGGCCCGCGAAGCCAGGGAAAAGGAGGAACGUCGGAAGCGCGCCCGCGAACGGCAAAUGAAAAUGAUGGAAGAGUUCGCAAAUAAGCAGAAGGAGUUCAUGCAAACGGCGGCGCAUAAUAUGGAGUGUGGCCUGGACGACGAAGACGAUGAUUUGUACGAAGAGCAGCCACGCGAAAAAGAGUAUGACUGCAUUAUUUGCAAUUGCACAACACCCAGCACGGAAUCCAAUCCUAUUGGGCUUGUGGUAUUGGUUGAAUCCAGUGGCAUUGUUGGACAUCGGCGUCGCACCGCUGAACGUUUGCCAUUGCCGCUUUGUCACGAAGACGAGGAGCGCCUAAAGCUGACCACAAGGUUAGCCACUGAGUUCAAUCGACGAACUGAUUUGCUAAGUUUAAAAUUUGGCGAAGAGUCUUGGUAUCUCUCCAACAACAUGGCCUACGAGAAUGGUGUACAUGUUCAAUCGUGUGGCCACCAUGUUCAUCUCAGUUGCCUGGAUGCAUACUUGAAAACACUCUACGCCACUCAGCGCCAGCAUCAGCAUGAACGAGGCGAGUUUUAUUGUCCGGUAUGCAGACAGCUCUCUAACUCGGUGUUGCCAUUGAGUCCUCAACUAGACAGGCCCACUCCCAUGGUGCGCUCGGGCACUCAACCUUUCGAGCAACUAGUAGCCGAGUUGACAAACUUAAUCAAAGAAAAUGCGCGCCCAACGCAGACGUCAACGAAACUCUCGGAAGCCAUGGGCCGCGCCAUGGAAGACAUGACAAAUAUAACUCAUCGUAAAAUGAAGCGUGUGCCACCCACGUUUCGAAGUUUAUUUAUCUUUGUUACAUCGAUUGCUCGCACGAACUUAGAGUCUGAAAUUAUACAGCGGGGCGGUUCUCUGUGCACAACAAAUGCAACGCGUUAUAAACCAAAACGUGACUGCAUUGUUCCUCUGUUGCAUGUGUUAUCGGUGCACGUGCGGGUGCUGGUGGAAUGGCCAUUAUGGCGAUCGUGGGCCUCACUUGCUGGAUUACCUGUAACCGAUGCGGCUCCAGUGCCUUCACAUUGUCGCGAAUUGAUACCCAGCCUUUUAGCAGAUCCCAUAGCAUUACUUUUGAAAUUUAUUUUACUAGCUCCUCUACAUCUGGAUCAAGAUUUCUUCACAUGUAUGGUUAAGGUUAUGUACAAUUUGCUCUACUAUCAAAUAGUUGUACAACUUUGUGUUACGCUCACUGAUUUAGAAUGUGAUUAUAUCAUAUCGAAAUAUAACAAGUCUCCUUCCACGGAUGAUGCUGAUACUGGUGGCCGUCGCAACUCAUCACGUUCAAGCGGUGGCAGCUUAUCGAAUAUGCUCUAUUUGGGACGCGCUAUGGCGUUAGUACUGAAUCACACAAACCGUAUGUCACAUUUACGUCGCGAAUGCAUACCCAGUACUUCAACAGCUGCUGCGGCUGCAGCUGCGGCUGCGGCGUUGGCGGCUUCUGCACAAUUAAAUGCAUUAGGCAAUCCUGGAAAUGGAGUUGGUACUGGAGCUUCCAAUACCGAGGUCGAAGUAAAUAUGAAAUCCAUGGAAGCUCAGUUGCAAACUCUUUGCCUACCAUUUCUGCGCAUUGCGGCAUUGCUGAGGCAGCAUCUUUACAGGCACGACAUGCCAGAGAUAUCAGCUCCAGGCUUAGAGUUUGUGCGACUGGUUUAUUACUUGGAACUCGUAACUGAUUCAAUGGACUGGGACUGUUUUAACGCUUCGAAGGGCCUCUGCUUCAUUGCUGGAACUGAACAAACUUUGCCCAAGUUUUGGUGUGAGCAAUUAAUGUAUAUAGGGCCACCAACCGAUACAGUGCGAGAGCUCGUCAUCAUGAACCAGCAUGCAUCGUGGCAGCAGCCGAAACUCCUCGAGCUACCACGCGAAUAUGAGCGCUUGUUCACGUACUACCACGAACGUCCAUGUCUGAAUUGUUACAAAGUGCCAAAGGAAAGCUCCAUUUGUUUAUUAUGUGGUACAAUUGUGUGUCUGAAACAAACAUGUUGUGCGGAAAAUGAUUGUUGCGAAGCUGUUCGGCAUACAAUAACCUGUGGAGGAGGAAUUGGAAUAUUUCUUGUAGUCACAUCUACCUACAUAAUAGUGAUCCGUGGACGACGUGCCUGUCUCUGGGGCUCGCUGUAUUUAGACGAUUUUGAUGAAGAGGAUCGAGACCUUAAGCGUGGCAAGCCACUGUAUCUCAGCCAAGACCGUUUUAAUUUACUGGAAUCACAAUGGCUUUCGCACAAGUUUGCGCAUACGAAACACACUUGGGUAUUCCAUCGGGAUUUGUUGUGAAACUGGGAAGAUUUACUAAGAAGGAUUCAAGAGUUAGUAGGACAAAUCUAUUUAAAUCGUUGAUCAGCAAAAAAUGUAACGAAAUACGUAUAUUAUGAACGAUAUGUUCAAGUCUAAUUUAUAAUAUGAAAAACUGAAAAAUCUCGAAGAAUUUGCGAAGCAAAGAAGUAAAUAAUCUGUCGCGUUUUUAAAAUGCGUUGCAAACAGUUAAAUACGGCAAAUAAACGCUUUGCUUUUACAUUAUUGAUAAGCUAUAGAAGUUUCAGUUGAAUAAAUUGCAGGUUAAUUAUGUUUAAAUAACGUAGAUAAAGAAAAAAUUUAAAUCGGCUUAAGUGAAGCUAGGGUGUCAAAAACAAGAACUAAUGCAUGUGAAACGUUUAAGCAAAAAUCAAAAGGUAGCUUAGAAACUUAAGUGUUAUCCAAUUACAAGCUUUGUAAGAAUAUUCAGAUAAUGCUGAAGUAUUCUUUGUAUUAAUAUUACAAUAACUGGAGUAAUAGGGUUCGAAAAACUAUACAUAUAGUAGGAUAGAAGACAUCCUCGAUAAAACUGCAUAAAAAUAAAAUUAAAAAAAAACAUAUUACACACACAAUACAUAUGCACAGUUUAAAGAAAAGGUAUCUUCGUCAAAUUAUGAACCACUUGUAAUGACGAAUGUGACGAUUGCAGGCCGGCCUUGGCGUGCUUGUGUAAUUUAUGUAUAUGUAAAGUUAUGAACAACUCAUUUGAUUAAGCCUAAACAAAAGCUAAUUAAAAAUACAUACAUAUGUAAUAGUUUAAAACAUAACAUAUUUAAUUUCAUUUAUGUGAUAUAAAAUAAUAUUAAUUAUGCGACAAUUAAAACAAAGAUGCGAUGGAACUAAAUGUAUUUGAAUAUUCGGAAUGAGACUCAUUAUUUUCAUUUUGCACUCAAAAUUAGCAAUCAUAUUAAUCUAAUUAAAUUAAUGGGUGACAUUUGAAUAUCGAUAAUGCUCUUAUAAAUAUUUAAUAUUAUCCUUAGGUAGAUGAAGAUAAAAAUUUCUUGCAAAAACAUACGUAUAUUUAAGAAAAAUAAAUCAUUAUUUCAAACACACA